CCUGUUGUCCGUAACACGGUUUGAAUGAGAACGCGUGACGACUUGAGAGAAGACUUGGGCACUUGGCCUUCCAGUUGAUCUCGUGACGGCUUGUUGAGACUUGAGAGAAUUAUUAUCAGUUUCAAGAUCGAUCAGAUCUUUUCAUAUUACUUCAUCCUUCAGACUCUGAAUCCUUGCAAUGGCACUUGAUGUUAAUGGAGUUGAGUGUUUUUCAAGCUCUUAUGGAUCAACUAAGAGACAUAAAUAUGAUGUGUUUUUGAGUUUUUGAGGUGAAGAUACUCGCACGAGCUUUACUGAUCAUUUAUAUGGUGCUUUAAGUCGCAAAGGAUUAAGAACUUUUAGGGAUGAAGAAGAACUUGAAAGGGGACAAUAUAUCAAUACAAGUUUACUACAAGCAAUUGAAGAAUCUCGUUCUGCAAUUGCUGUGCUCUCCUCGGGAUAUGCUUUUUCAACAUGGUGUUUGGAUGAGCUCCAAAAGAUUCUUCAUUUGAAAAAAGAGUUAGGUCUUCAAGUAUUUCCAAUCUUUUAUGGUGUAGAUCCGUAUGAUGUUAGGAAACAAAGGGGAAGUUUUGGACAAGCAUUCAUGAAGCAUGAAGAAAGAUUUACACAAGACAAAAUGAAGGUGCACAGAUGGAGGCAUGUUUUAGAAGAAAUUGCUAGCUUAUCUGGUUGGAACUCACGGAAUAGGCAUGAAGCAGAAUUCAUUGAAAGCAUUGCAAAAGAGGUGAAGUCGAAGUUGCAUGAUGAAUCGCCAUUUAAUCUUGGUGCAUUAGUUGAAAUUGAAUCAAAAUUAGAUGAGUUGAAAUCACUCAUAGCAACUGUUUCAGAAGGAGUUCCAUCUCUAGGAAUAUGGGGAACAGGAGGCUUAGGCAAAACUACUCUUGCUGGAGCUUUUCAUGAUUGGAAGUGCAAGGAUCUUGAGGGCAGGAUAGUAGAACAAGAUGAUAACAGCCCCACCAAAGCCACUUGCUUGAACACUGAGUUGGUUGAUCAACAAAAUUAUGAUAAUGCUGCUAAUUCAAUCGCUUCUACAACCAACUUUACCCAAAGGGAAACACAGGAUCCUAUUGGCCCUGUUUCUUCUGUGAACACUGAGUUGGUUGACCAACAGAAUUAUGAUAAUGUUCCUCAUUCAAUCUCUUCUACGUUUAAUUUUAGCGAAUGGGAAAUAUCGGAUCACCUUAUAGGGCAUGGUGGAUUUGCAUUUGUUCAUGUUGCCCGUAACAGAGAAACCAGAGAAUCAUGUGCAGUAAAGACACUUAAAGACCCUGGCAAAAGGUCUCUAGAAAAGGAAAUCAGGAUUCUCAGCCAACUAGACCAUCAAAACAUAGUAAAGUAUUAUGGCAGUGAAAGAGUUGGAAACCAGAUACAUCUAUACAUGGAAUACGUGGAAACUGGUACACUGACGGAUUACAUUCGUGGACGCGUUCGUUUCCAUGAACCUUUAGUUCGAGAUGAAACUGGACAAAUUCUCUCUGCAUUGGCUUACUUAAAUGGCAAAAGACUAGUCCACAGGGAUAUCAAACCCGAUAACAUGCUUGUUGAUUCUCACGGCUUUGUAAAGCUUAUUGACUUUGGUUUGGCUAAGCAUGUAGACGAAUCUGUGGGCAAUCACUCCGCUGGGGGGGUAACUCCACAUUAUGCAGCUCCAGAGACUCUUCAAAACCAAGAAUACAGCAGCUUGAGUGAAGCUUAUGCCGCUGAUAUAUGGAGCCUUGGCUGUGUAAUCAUUGAAAUGUUCACAGGGAAGCGUCCUUGGUGUGAUCUUGAAGGGUGCCAGGUGAUCCAUGAAGUAUGUUUGAACAAGCGAGAUCCUGAAAUACCAGAAGAUUUGUCGACAGAGGGCAGAGUUUCUCGAAUUAUGCUUCCAGAGAAAUCCAGCUGAGCGGCUAUCAGCUGCAGCAUUACUGCAACAUCCAUUUGUGUCUUCGUGAAUGCACGAAUCUGCAAAAAGAGAAUCUCACAGAUGGAGGAAGAAAGAGAAAGGAGAAUUAUGAUGGCAGGCAGAUGGCUGCUGAUUUGCCAACUUUUACAGGGAAAUGACUUCAAAUAGAUCUCAACAUACUGGCUAGUCGUUUUUUUUUUUUUAAUUUAUAGUUAUUUGACUGAGUUAGAUUUGAACAUUGUCAAGCCCAAUUGAGGUUAGCUCCGCUAAAAGCAUUUUCUAACUGUUAUGAUAUUAGGCUUUUUGAAAUUUUUAUACUUUUCAACUGAUAAAUAUUAUCAUAUUUUUUGAAUCAUGUCUAUAAACCUAUAGUUCUUUGGAUUAAUGACUCUAGUUGUGGCC